AAAGGGGAAACGUGCCCGCGCAUUGUGCACGCACUGUACUUCCUGCCAUUGUGCUCUUUGAUGCUUGUAACCUAUAUAUCCUCCAAAUCUACAUACUAAACACAGAGUUUACCGAUGUUUCUGUGCUAGGAUGUUAAAAGCGACACAUGAUGAGGCGCAUUGUAACAAUAUUUAAUACUUGGCAAAUGAUGCACAAAUGGAAAAACGUUUCUUUUUAUCCCCCUUUAAUUGUGCGUUCAACUAUGGAGGACCAUAGUACCUCCAUACCCUAGCCUGAUUCACUCUUAAUUGUUGUACAAAGCUAAUAGCAACAUCCAACGAAAGACUUUCAGUAUGAAAGAUGGUUCUACAAAAGUCAAAAUACUGAGUCAGUAUUUUGACUACAAAGAACAGCAAGUGAUAUUUUCCAUUAAGUACCUCCUUUAGGAUCUUUGAGUGCACAAUACAGUAUUGAAAUAUGAAGUUUAGAAAAAAAAACAGUUCUGAUUUAAGCCUUAUAAGAUAAAUUCAGAUUAUAUUGCAUUUGCUUUAGUCCUUCAGUGAAAACAUUUGCUUUAUUACCAACUCUAAAUUCUUAUCAGCAGAUAAAAGUUACUACCAUCUAAGAAAUGCAGAACUAUUGCUGCCUAACUCAUAGAGUGAGGCAUAGUUGCCACUAACUUUGACUUUUGUUUCUUUUUCUGUACCAUAGAAAGUAUUCCUGGCCUGGUGCUUUUGUAUUUAUUUAUGUUUCCUUCCUGUCCUCACUGCAGCCCUUGGCUCAUCCUGCGCAUGGUUCUGCUGGGGGUUUCUUCCUGCCGAGGCCGAGUUCGGCUCUCCUCUUAAAGGAAACUCGUGUUUUAUCCUCUGCAUUGUGUUUAUUCAUAAUGGGUCAUCAAAUUAAAGUAAAGAUCUAAGCAAUUUGUGAGAUUUUUAUAUAUAGAUAACUGGCAAUAAGCUUAAAAUUAGACUGUAGUGAAAAUGUUAAACUAGACUUUUGAGGUUAUAUUUGUGUUAAUCACCACCAAUAUCAAUAAACUGCACUGAAGUGAAAUGGAAUAUGCAUGAUUUUAAUACCAUACCAGGUUAUGGCAGCAAAAAUGUAGUGUAAUGUAUAUAUUUCUCUGCAUUUUAUCUUGUGAAAUUCUCUGCAAAAGGCUUUUAGAUUAAAAUUUUUUGUCAGAUUAUACAAACUAAAUCAAAGCAAACAGAACUCAGUGGGGGAAAAUAAGCUCCAGAUUUGAUUGCAUAGAACUAGAAUGAAUUUUCUCUGCAACAAAACCUGAAUUCAGAGGCCUGUUAAUCAAUAAAAACAAUCAAUGCUAAUCCUAUGGUGUGGCCUCUGAGUGCGCCUGUAAACAUUCCAACAUGGACACAAGGUCAAAUUCCACGCCACAUUUUGCUUGGGGCCAUGUGUGCUCACUUCUGUCCCUCUGCAGCCUGGGAUCUACAGACACAGAGAGCCACUGAGAGAAGAAGGUUUGUAGCAUGUCUGGACCAAAAGCACAAGUGGUCCAUUCGAUUCCAACCUACAGCCUGACCCGGCUUGCACGAGAGUGGCUUGCAGAGGACACUCCAAACUUUGACCCGGCAGGAGUCUGUGUGGGAUCAGAGGAAGUGGAGGCAAAGUUGUUGUGUAAAACUCCUCACACCGUGCUGGCAGGAAGCCCUUUCUUCACAGCAGUAUUCACUGAGGUGGGCUGCACCGUGGACUGGAUGUACCAGGAAGGAGCGGUGAUCGGUCCAGAUGCCGUCACAGUGACUGCUGUGGUGAGAGGCCCAGCGAGAUGCCUCCUCCUUGGGGAGCGCCCUGCUCUAAACUGCCUGAGUCGCGCCUCGGGGAUCGCCACCCGCUGCUCUCAGCUCCAACUGACGGCAAAGUCUGCGGGCUGGCACGGAGAAGUGGCUGGCACCCGUAAGACCACCCCGGGCUUCAGGCUGGUGGAGAAGUACGCCAUGCUGGUGGGCGGCACAUCCAUGCACAGACAGGACCUGAGCGGCAUGGUGAUGCUGAAGGACAACCACGUCUGGGCGUCGGGGAGCAUCACAGAGGCCGUGAAAGUGGCGCGCUCAGUCUGUGGCUUCAGCAGUAAGAUUGAGGUCGAGUGCCGCUCCACAGCGGAGGGAAGAGAGGCAGCCUCAGCCGGAGCAGACAUCGUCAUGUUGGACAACUUUCAACCACAGGAGCUUCACGUUGCAGCGCGAGACCUGAAGAACGAGUUCCCAUCUCUUCAGAUAGAGGCUAGCGGAGGAGUCACUCCUGAAAACGUAGCUUCAUAUUUCUCCUCACAUGUAGACAUUAUUUCUCUGGGUUGCAUCACUCAGGGAUGCCCAGUUUCAGAUUUUUCUCUGAAAGUUCAAAAGCCAGGUGAAAAAAACAAGUGAUUGCUAAACUAAUUGUUGUCAUAGCAACAAUGGCAACAAUUACAAAACUUCACAGUUUUGUGACUAUAAUUGAAUAGUGGAAAGAAAGUAACAGAUCAGUGCAAAAAAUAUAGACAUAUAAAAUACUGCAUUUGCUUGCAUCCAGUGCAGUUGACUAUAUUACUAUAUAGACUCAACUGGUGGCCCUCCCCCCCUUGCAAACAGUGAGACACGGUGGUGGCAACAUUACGGGGUGGGGAUACUUUUCAAAGCGAAAUUUUAGGCUAUUCUGGGAGAGAAAAAUACAGUUUGACCUUUCAAAACCUUUAGGAAAAUAGAUUUAUGUUUACUGCUGAAUUAUAAUUUAAUGCAAAUAGAUUCAUGUGUGCAUAUAUUUUAGCAGAGCACUGUAAAUAAAACAAAAAUCUUUUGUUUCUGUUGUGGAAAAGUUGCAGAGGUUGUUCAUUGAUUAAUCACAUCUUGUUUGUCAUUUCAAAAGAAGAAUAGAAACUGGAUUUGACAUGCGACGGAUUUGUAAAAUACACUUCAGCAGAGGAACUGCAGUCACAAGUUUAAAUUCAACAGAACAAAGAUGAGAAACAAAAGCAAAACAAAAAUUAAACUACGAUAAGUGCUUACCAGUACAGAAAAGUGGAUUGGGUUAUACAGACAUGUAGUUCAGGGCUGUGUUUAUUGUUUACCUCUGUUUUUCAUUCUGGAUUUCUGUAUGUUGUCUCAGACUGUUUGAGUGUCACGUGAGUCUCAAACAGCCUCACGCACUUGCAUUUUAUCUGUACGUACAUGUCGCUUAGUGUGGGCGUUAGGCAAUUUGUGCUCAUGAAUUUAAUCAUUUGCUUGUGGAGGAGCCUUUCUGAAUUCAUCAUUACCACAUUUGUGAGACUAAAGAUAAAAAAAAAA